CCUAAACCCCAAAAUGGGGAAUGGGAUGGGAGGUGGUUUGGAAUGAAAUCCCUAAAUAUUUUCUCAAAUUAUAGGAAAUUUGAUGUUUGGGGAACCGGAUGAGGAUGCUCUAAAUCCAUCUAACUUCAUUUAUUAACUUCUCUUUAAUUUUUUCCGUACCUUUACGUCUUUUCUAUUUUACGUCUUCUCAUUUGUUUCUCUUUCCAAAACCAAUUUAUCUAGCACAACCCAUUUUUCAUUGAUGGCGGAGAAGAGCUUCAAGUACGUGAUCCUCGGUGGCGGAGUCGCAGCCGUUUCGUUGGGCUUUGGUAACUAACAGACUGUUAUGGGCCAGAUGACGACAGCAAUAGCGAUUGAAGAUGUUCACAGGGAAGUGAAAAUAUUAAAAGCAUUAUCUAGGCAUAACAAUCUUUUUGAGGACACAAACAAUGUCUACGUAGUUAUGGAAUUGUGCGAGGGUGGAGAACUAUUGGACAGAAUUCUGUCAAGAGGUGGAAGAUAUAUGGAGGAAGAUGCUAAAAAAAUUAUUGUGCAAAUCUUGAAUGUAAUUGCCUUUUGUCAUCUUCAAGGUGUUGUGCAUCGUGACCUAAAGCCAGAGGGUACUCGAUUUGACAUGAUGAAGAAGAAUGUCUAAUUAGCAUUCUAUACAUCUUACAAUUCAACUACUUAUUACAGUUUCAAAGGAAGUUGAGAGCAUUUGACUUUCCUUUAGUACUCAAGUGGCCUCAAGAUAUUGAACUUUGAAAUCAAAACUGAUACACUAACAUCAUUUAUGCCGUGCUGAACAAUUCUAUUACAUUCCAAAUAUCAAAUAAAAAUUUGGCUCAAGAAUAUCUUUCGCUCUCUGUUUACCCUUUUCACUCUCUCCAAUGAAUUGCUUUCUCUUGUAUGCAUCCGGUGUACUUGGAUUGGAUUGCACCUCUUCUUAAAAAGAGAAAAUUAUUUAUAUAGAAAUUAUAUUACUACAUCAUUAAAUCAGUAUUUCGAUUAUACUACUGAACUGACUUCUGUGUGUGGCAAAUUUUCUGGAUGUGCCACAUUUUUUCCUUUUGGCUGAAUAUAU